GGCAAGGGUGGGUGGUUAGCUGCAGUAGCGGAAGCCACGCUCCCGAGCGAGCCCCCUCGGUGUCAGUGCCUGUCGUAGUGCUUCUGGUGUUGAGGACGUUUCCGGAGGGAUUUCACAGCUCCUUAACGCAGCAGUGUUUUUUAAAGAUGGGAACUCUAACUGCACUUAUUGGAAUUUGGAUGACCUUCUCCCUAGUUGAGGCACAUUCAAAAGCUGUUACAACAUCCUUAACUACUAAGUGGUUUUCCACACCUCUGUUACUUGAAGCAAGCGAAUUUUUAGCAGAAGAAGAUAAUGAAAAAUUCUGGAAUUUUGUUGAGACUUGCCAAAACUUUCAGUCAUCUAAUCAUGAUGGUAGUGAUUAUUCCUCUUACAAUGCAGUGCUGCAAGCUGCUUCCCAGAAUCUCUCACCUUUGCAGCAGAACUUGUUGAAGUUUGCUUUGUCUUUACGCUCCUAUUCAGCUACAGUUCAAGCCUUUCAGCAGAUAGCCGCUGAUGAGCCUGCACCAGAACAAUGCAAUGCAUUCUUUGUUGUUCAUGGAGAGAAGACUUGUGAAUCUGACAGACUUGGAACACUCAUACAGACAGCAUCUAAAAGGCCAAAACCUUUUAUGUUCAAAGGGGAUCACAAGUACCCAGGAUCAAACUCUGAAAGUCCUAUUGUAAUCAUGUAUGCUGAGAUUGGCUCAAAGCAGUUCUCUGAAUUUCAUAGACUUCUUGUAUCAAAAGUCAUUGCAGGAGAAAUCAACUACAUUCUUAGGCAUUAUGUUGCUAAUCCAAAUAAGGAAAAAGUCUACCUGUCAGGCUACGGUGUAGAGUUGGCCAUUAAAAGCACAGAAUAUAAGGCUAAGGAUGAUACCCAGGUGAAAGGUACAGAUAUAAAUUCAACAGUAAUAGGUGACAGUGACCCAAUUGACGAGGUGCAAGGAUUUCUGUUUGGAAAAUUAAGGCAAUCACAUCCCCAUUUGGAAGAAGAACUGAAAGAAUUAAGAAAGCAUCUUGUGGAAAGCACCAAUGAAAUGGCACCAUUAAAAGUGUGGCAGUUACAAGAUUUAAGUUUCCAAACUGCUGCUCGUAUUCUGGCUGCUCCCACAAUGGAUGCUUUGACAGUCAUGAAAGAUCUGAGUCAAAAUUUUCCUACAAAGGCUAGGGCAAUAACAAAGACAGUUGUUCCUUCAGUACUGAGGUCAGAAAUUGAAGAGAACCAAAAGUACUUCAAAGGGACUUUAGGUUUACAAUUGGGAGAUUCGGCCCUAUUCAUCAAUGGACUGCAUAUAGAUCUAGAUACCCAGGAUAUAUUUAGCUUAUUUGAUGUCCUGAGGAAUGAAGCUCGUGUUAUGGAAGGGCUGCAUAGUUUAGGAAUUGUCGGGCGCUCCAUGCACAAUGUGCUGAAGUUGAACAUCCAACCAUCUGACUCUGACUAUGCUGUAGAUAUCAGAAGCAGCGCAAUUUCAUGGAUCAAUAAUCUUGAAAUUGACAGCAGAUACAAUUCCUGGCCUUCCAGUGUCCAAGAACUGCUUCGUCCUACUUUCCCUGGUGUGAUCCGACAAAUAAGAAAAAACUUCCAUAAUUUUGUGCUUCUCCUAAAUCCAUCCCAUGAGAGUUCAGCAGAAUUGCUAGGUGUGGCUGAAAUGUUCUUGUCGAACCAUAUACCACUGAGGGUUGGCCUGGUCUUUGUAGUUGAUAAUUCCGAAGAUGUUGAUGGGUUACAAGAUGCUGGAGUUGCUCUCCUCCGAGCAUAUAAUUAUGUGGCACAGGAAGUAGAUACGAAUUAUGCAUUUCAGACAAUUAUAUCAAUGUAUAAUAAAGUGAAUGCAGGAGAAAAAUUGAAGGUGGAACAUGUGAUUAGUGUUCUUGAAAAACAGUAUCCCUAUGUAGAAGUAAACAGCAUCUUAGGAAUCGAUUCUGCCUAUGAUCAAAAUCGGAAGGAAGGAUAUAGUUACUAUGAACAGACAGGUGUUGGUCCUCUACCCAUUGUGCUUUUUAAUGGAAUGCCACUUCAGAAAGAACAACUGGAUCCAGAUGAACUAGAAACAGUAACUAUGCAUAAAAUCUUAGAAACCACUAGCUAUUUCCAAAGAGCUGUGUACCUGGGUGAAUUGUCCAACGAUCAGGAUGUAGUUGAAUAUAUCAUGACCCAACCCAAUGUUGUUCCAAGAAUCAACUCUCGGAUAUUGAUGUCUGACAGAGAAUAUCUAGAUUUAACUGCAAAUAAUAAUUUUUAUGUGGAUGAUUAUGCUAGAUUUAGUACCUUGGAUUCCAAGGACAAGACAGCUGCUAUAGCCAACAGCAUGACUUACCUAACCAAAAAAGGAAUGUCCUCCAAGGAAAUUUAUGAUGAUACUUUUGUCAGGCCAGUGACAUUUUGGAUCGUUGGAGAUUUUGAUAAACCAUCUGGAAGACAACUGUUAUAUGAUGCUAUCAAACACCAAAAGUCUAGUAAUUUUAUUCGGAUUGGUGUGAUUAACAAUCCCAGUGAAGACCCAGCAGCUGAAAACACAAUCAUUGCCAGGGCCAUAUGGGCAGCCUUGCAGACACAGACAUCAAACAAUGCCAAAAAUUUUAUCACAAAAUUACUUAAAGAGGAAAAUGCAAAGAUGCUGGAGGCUGGAACAGAUAUCACAGAAUUUGCUGUUGGAGGUAUGGAAAUCAAUACAUUUAAAGCGGCCUUCGAAGCUCCUGAAGUGGGUUUUAUUCUUUCACAUGCUGUAUACUGCAGGGAUAUUCUUAAACUGAAGAAAGGACAGAGAGCGGUGAUUAGCAAUGGAAGGAUUAUUGGUCCAUUGGAAGCUGGGGAGCUUUUUAACCAGGAUGACUUCCACUUGCUAGAAAAUAUUAUUGUAAAGACAUCUGGGCAGAAAAUAAAAUCUCAUGUACAGCAGUUAGGAGUGGAAGAAGAUCUUGCAAGUGACCUCGUCAUGAAGGUGGAUGCUCUUCUGUCUGCACAACCAAAGGGAGAGGCAAGGAUUGAAUACCAAUUUUUUGAGGACAAAUACAGUGCAAUUAAGUUGAGACCAAAAGAGGGAGAAAUAUAUUUUGAUGUUGUGGCUAUUGUUGAUCCCGCAACUAGAGAGGCACAAAGACUUGCUCCAUUGCUUAUGGUAUUGAACAAACUCAUAAAUAUGAACCUCAGAGUUUUUAUGAACUGUCAAUCCAAACUCUCUGACAUGCCUCUGAAAAGCUUUUAUCGCUACGUUCUGGAGCCAGAAAUUACUUUUACAACAGAAAAACACCUUAUUCCUGGACCAGUUGCCUUAUUUCUGGAUAUGCCUCAAUCACCAUUAUUUACUCUGAAUCUAAAUACUCCAGAGAGCUGGAUGGUGGAGUCAGUAAGAGCAUCAUAUGACCUUGACAACAUUUAUUUGGAGGAGGUGGAGAGUGUAGUGGCAGCGGAGUAUGAAUUAGAACACCUCCUUUUGGAAGGGCACUGCUAUGAUAUCACUACAGGUCAGCCUCCCAGAGGUCUUCAGUUCACUCUUGGAACAUCAACAAACCCUGUUGUUGUUGACACCAUUGUCAUGGCCAAUUUAGGAUAUUUUCAGUUAAAAGCCAACCCUGGUGCCUGGUUUCUGAGGCUCAGAAAGGGAAGGUCUGAUGAUAUUUACAAAAUUUACAGUCAUGAUGAGACAGAUUCUCCUCCAGAUGCCAGUGAUGUUGUCGUUGUUAUCAACAAUUUUAAAAGCAAAAUUAUUAAAGUGAAGGUUCAAAAGAAGCCAGAUAUGCUAAAUGAAGAUUUACUUAGUGAUGGUACUAAUGAAAAUGAGUCUGGAUUUUGGGAAUCUCUGAAAUGGGGGUUUACAGGAGGCCAGAAGAAAGAAGAAGUGAAACAGGAUAAGGAAGAUGUGAUCAACAUCUUUUCAGUGGCAUCAGGGCAUCUAUAUGAGAGAUUUCUUCGCAUAAUGAUGUUGUCCGUGCUGAAACACACAGAAACUCCGGUGAAGUUCUGGUUUCUGAAGAAUUAUUUAUCGCCCACAGUUAAGGAAUUCAUCCCAUAUAUGGCUAAAAAGUACAAUUUCCAGUAUGAGUUUGUCCAGUACAAGUGGCCACGCUGGCUUCACCAGCAAACAGAGAAGCAACGUAUUAUCUGGGGUUACAAAAUUCUUUUUCUGGAUGUGCUUUUUCCCCUGGCUGUUGAUAAAUUCCUUUUUGUAGAUGCUGACCAGAUUGUGCGUACAGACCUAAAGGAUUUAAGAGAUUUCAACUUGGAUGGAGCACCUUAUGGUUAUACACCUUUCUGUGAAAGCCGCAGAGAGAUGGAUGGCUAUCGAUUUUGGAAGUCAGGAUACUGGGCAAGCCACUUGGCUGGAAGAAAAUAUCAUAUUAGUGCUCUUUAUGUUGUAGACCUAAAAAAGUUCAGAAAGAUAGCUGCUGGAGAUCGACUCAGGGGACAAUAUCAAGGACUUAGCCAGGAUCCAAAUAGCCUCUCCAAUCUUGAUCAAGAUUUGCCCAAUAACAUGAUCCAUCAGGUCCCCAUUAAAUCACUACCACAAGAAUGGCUUUGGUGUGAAACUUGGUGUGAUGAUGCUUCGAAGAAGAGAGCAAAGACUAUUGAUCUGUGUAAUAAUCCAAUGACAAAAGAACCCAAGCUGCAGGCAGCAAUGAGGAUUGUUCCUGAAUGGCAGGAUUACGAUCAAGAAAUUAAACAGUUAUAUAAUCAAUUCCAUCAAGAGAAGGAGUCGGGAGUAUUAAUUACAACAAAUGAAACUGAAUCUCAAAGUCAGAAAGACAAGCUAUUGCAUGGGGAAUUAUGAUCAUGGUGACAUACCAAGUGAGACUAUUUCAUAGACAAUUUUUCUAUCAAAUACUAGUUUUUCGUAAUACACUUGCAAAACUGCUGAGUAAAAUUGGAAGGUGUGGGUCAUGCAUAUUAAUUGCAAUUCAAUUGAUUCUGACAGAUUGAAUGGGAACUGGAUUAUUUGAAUUAGCUGAACUGGUUUUCUUUGCACCUGUGAGAGAUUGAAGAAUCUACAGAAGGAUAUGGAAUGAGUAAAAAAGAAGUGUGGUGAAAAGCCUCUUUUACCAGCUUUUGGCCAAGUCUACCACACUAUGCCAAUCUAUGUCAAUACGCCUCUACACCUUUCUCAGGAGUCCAGAGAAAGGGUAGCUACCUUGAGGAUGAAAUAUGGAGAAUACACAGGCAUUUCCAUCAUUUCAAGAUGCUGAAAUAGAGAGUGCUCUUUCAGAUUUGCACAGAGAUUUUUAUGAUAUUUUGGACUGAUUAAUGCAGUCAGAAGUCAAAUGGAUUUUUUUAUCAUAGCCUUUGUCCUAAUGGGAAAGUCACAGUUCUUUAUUUAAAUAUAUUACAUUGUGAAUAUCACCUCAGAUGACCCAUAACUGAGCAAAAAUGUCAAAGCAAUCCACAACUUUUGAAAUAUAUAUUUGCAAAUGUGUAUUUUAAUGAAGCAGACUUUCUGUGGUACUUAACAUCUUUUUCCACUGACAACCUAAAUGGACACUUCUCUCCAAUUUAUUGAAAACUGCAAAAUUAUUAGGGCAUUAAGACUGCUGUACUUUGUCAUCGUUCACUGAAUGUACUUUUUGUUCAUGCAAAUCUGUGGAAAUUUUUUGAUUAUGUAAAUUUUAUAAGUUUAUUUUUUCCCCUCAAAAAAAGCGAUGUCAGGUGAAUAAAGCCUUAGAGUUCUUAUAUUUUUUUCUUUAAUUCUUUUCUUGUGGAACUGAUAUUUGUAGUAGUUUUUGCAUAUUAUAUAUGCACAACUUUCUGGUCAAAUUUUCAAUUGUACAAACACAUUUAUUUACAUGUAAAAUGGUAUCUAAGGAAUGUCAAAUCUUGUAAUGUUCCCUCCUCGCCACUUGUAAUAUUUUUUGUUACUGCUUUUCAAAUGAAAUAAGCAACUUCUGUAGAAAACCAUCAUAUUGUGGAUAUAUUGAACAAUUGCCUGCAACUUUGAAAUGGUUUCAUAUACUUAUAACUUGUUUUUUUUUUUAGUAUAAAAAUAUCCUUUGCUAGAAGGAUUAACAUUAGGGGGGGAAAAACUCCACCACCAGAUAAAAUCUAAUCUGUGAGAGAAAAAAGUGUUUGCAAUUCACAUCUAAUACUGAAUAUUGAGAACAAAUUGCAAGCUUUUCGGUGCAAGCAAUAAUUUCUAAUUUUGCAUUCAUAUUAUGAAUUCUAUGAAUUCUUAUUAUUAUCACAUUAUCUGUUAUUCUACAGUGUAGAAUUUAAAGUGCAGUCUUGUAAGAUUCAAAACAUUGUAAAAUUGUAUCAUAAUGCAAGGACACACUAUAAUCCCUCAUUUGAAAAGUCAUGUUUUGGGUUGUGUUGAAAUGUUUAAUAAGCUAAAUACAUGUAGUCCUCACUUGCUAACCACUCAGUCGGCAACCAUUCAAAGUUCAACCACAAUUGAAAAAAGACUUAUGACCGGUCCUGAAAGUUGCAGUUGUUGCAGCAUUCCUGUAAUCACACAGUUGCGAUUCAGGUGCUCAGGAACUGACACACAUUUAUUUAUUUACUUGUUCAUUUUUUAUUUAUAUCCCACCUUUAUUAUUUUUACAAAUAAGGUGGUGAACAUAUCUAACACACCUUCCUCCUCUAUUUUCCCCACAUGAGGUGUGUUAGGCUGAGAGAGAGAGAGAGUGGCCCGAAAUCACCCAGCUGGCUUUCAUGGCUUUCAUUUACUAUGCUGCUUGCAGCAUCCUGCAGUCACAUGAUUGCCAUUUACAACUUUCACAGAGCGCUUCCGACAACCAAGGUCAAUGGGGGAACCAGCAGAAAAUUAAAAGUCACAGACCCAUAAGAUUCACUUAAUAACCAUACGUGAUUUGCUUAAUAUCAUAGCUUAAUUGUGGUUAGAACUGAUGUCAUAAAUUGGCAUGGUCACGUGACUUUACAGCCACAUCAUUUAGUGACAGUUGCUGGUGCCAAUUGCGGUCAGUAAGUAAGGACUGGAGGCAGGAUACUUUGUUGCCACUCUUGGAGAAUUUAUAUCUAAAGUAGCAUGUAAGAACAAGCCUUUGAUAAAAUUCUGUUCCUAAGAGGCUCAAUUGCUUUAGAAUGGCCUUUCUCAAUCUUUUUAUCCUGGAGGAAACUGAAAUAAUUUUCAGGUCUCAAGGAAUCCCUGCAUAAAGUCAUACAUACCCCCUUCCAAUGCAGUACAUUUCUAAUCUACAAUCCACAUUUUACAACAUUUAAAGCAACAUCAAAGCCGCAGGCUGACAGCUGAGUCGUGGUGUGUGAAAAUUCUGAUUGUGCUCUGUGCAGUGUAUAAAGUCCAAAAAGGCUUUUUUUCAAUCCUGAUCCCUUGCAAAAUCCCAGUGUUUUGUGGAAUCCCAGUUGAGAAAAACUAUUCUAGAACAAGAGCAAACAAUGGUUGUUACAAUCAAGAUCUGCACUUGGUUUAUAUUACAUGUGGA